AUGACAAUAUGUGACAGUUUCGAAGAUUUUAAAAAUUACCCCCACAAAGAAAAUUUAAAUAAGUUGAUGAUUGGAUCCGAAAGUACGACCGCAAAGAAGUCAUCUGUUGAUUUGCGGACGGUCCUUGACUUUGGCUACUAUUACAAGUUGACAGAUUUGUAUGUUAUCAAUGCUAUAGAUAAUUUGGAACUAGAGUCUGGUGAUUCGUGUUCUUACACAAAUCUGCCUUUGGAAUACGUGACUUUUUAUGGAAAUUUGUUUAAAACUAUUGAAAAAUACCAUUUUCCUGUGUAUGCAGUGAAGAAGUUUAAUUUAGUCAAUAAUAAUAUUGAAGCAAUCAAGAGCUGGGCUUUUGCCGACCACCACAUUGAAAAUAUGGACUUAUCGGACAACCUGAUGGAAGAUAUUGAAGCUGGAGCUUUACCCCAAACUUCAGUUACCAAAACUAUUAUCAUUAAAAAUAACAAAUUGACACAUAUCGAAGUUGGGAGUUUUCCUUCAAGUUUGGAAGUUUUAAAUCUAGGCUGGAACAAAUUCAGGCAUAUUCAGGACGAAAUUUUUGAAAAUCUACUCAAACUGAAAGAGCUUACUUUAAGUCACAACAAUUUUAAGGAAAUUCCCAGAGUCAACUCACUGACGCAACUCGUGAUUUUCGAUAUGUCCUUCAACGCAAUUUCCACAGUUUCAGAAGGCGUUUUUAAAGACAUGAAACGGUUGAAAUUUUUGGAUUUGAGUAACAACAACAUUGAGAGUCCUCUUCUUAUCCAGCGGUUGCAAAUUCCGGUCAACCAAGAAAUAACAAUUUCUUUAGCUUUAAAUCGUUUGAUGAAGUUAGAUUUGACUAACGUUUCUUUAGAUGAAAAAACGCUAGUCCUUUAUGGCAAUCCCUGGCACUGCCACCUUUGGACCAGCCUUAAAACUGAACUAAGUGGACAUGAAAGUCAGUGUGAUUUGAAAUUAUCGUCAAGAGGGAACAUCCCGUACUGUGUAAGUUUUCGUUAUAAUAUUUAUACCAUGGAAUAUGAGUCGAAGAACGAAAUUGACCGGUUUCACCAAGUGGUUAGGUCGAGUAUGAAAAAUUUCGAAUGUGAUUUGGCGCUUCCAAGGAAUGAGUGGUUGUCUAAUGUUCAUUACAUGGUGUCAUGCGUGGCUUAA